AUGCCUGAGGUGGUUGAGGCAAUUGUUAACGUUGAUUACCAAAGUCCCGAGAAGCUGCUGGAAUCUCUUCCAUCAGUCAAGCGCCUCAGCUUAUGUUUCUCCGCUUUAAUGCUUCAUCACCGCAUUGGAUUUGAUCAUCUUCUUCAUUUGGAGCUAUGCGCAAGUGCCUCAGGGUGGUGGGAUCUGCUUACUUGGAUGCUUGAAACUUCUCCUAAACUACAACUUCUCAAGCUCUGCUCGUGCAAGGAACACCCUUGGUCCACGGAAGGUUUUACUACUGACGUAAAGCCCAUUAAAGGUCAUUGGAGAAGACCAAGUUCAGUUCCUGAAUGUUUGAUGUUUCAUUUACACACUUUCAAGUGGAAACAUUACAAUCUGAGAGACAAAGAGAAGGAAAUUGUGGCGUACAUCUUGAAGAACGCAAGACAGUUAAAGACUGUAUAUAUCUCCGAGGAGCGAUCCAAGAAACUCAAAGAGUUGGUUUCUCUGCCUAGAGCUUCAAGCUCAUGUCAGGUUAUAAUGAAUUGA